CCACAUAAGCGUUUAUCUUCACCUUUGUUUUGUUCUUCUGUGUCACCCUUUUAGGGCUUUCAUUUUCUCUUUCUAUCUCUCUGACUCACUCUUUUUUCUAGUUGUCAGUCAUGGAAGCUUAGGUAGUCAAGCAUGCAGAAGAGGAAAUAUGAGAGAGCAAAGUAGGGUUUUUUUUUGUUCGCUCGACCUUUAAGUUUAAUGGUUCCCUUAUUUUUUGGUUCGCUCUACAGUCCGAUAGGGUAAAGGGGGAGUGUGGGAGACGGGGAGAGAACGAAGUGCUAAGCAGCAAUAAGGUUUUCAUUUGCUUGCCUUCUUUCUCUUUCUUUCUCUCUUGAGCAACCUUUCUAGAGAGGGAGUUGGAGACAUUUGGUUUAACCUUCUGUCUCCCUUUCCUCUCUAUUUUUUUUUUUAUUUUCUGUUCCUUUCUUCUUCCUCUUCUUCUUCGUCUUUGUCGUCGCCGUCGCCGUCGCCGUCGACCUGUUUUCUGGGGUGUUUUCCUGAGCUACCCGCUUCAUUAAUUUUCACUUCUUGCUUUUUCUCCUUUUACUCGGGCUUGGCUUUCUCGGUUGGUUAGUUGAAAAAGUAAGCUUUCUAGGCGGGAUAAGACGGGUUUCAGUCACGGAGGUAAAUCGGCGAAUGUGGUUGCCGUUUCUGCAUAGACUAGUGCUUGAAAGGUUGGAAAAGAGAGGAGGAAGAAAUUCCAAGUAGACCCAAACAACUGAUAAGAGUAGAGUUUGAAAGGGAAAAGGAAAACACAAUAAGACAGCAAAAAAGGAGUUAUUUUUGAUGAGUUUUGGGGGUUUUCUUGAUAGUGGUUCUGGUGGUGGUGCAAGAGUCGUGGCCGAUAUUCCUUACAGCAAUAUGCCUGCUGGUGCGAUCGCUCAGCCACGCCUACUCUCUCCUUCUCUGGCCAAGUCUAUGUUCAAUUCCCCAGGCCUCUCUCUCGCUCUUAAAACUGGAAUGGAGGGACAAGGCGAGGUGGGUCGGAUUGGGGAGAAUUUGGAUACUGGUGCAGUGGGGAGGAACAAGGAAGAUGGAUAUGAGAGCAGAUCUGGAAGCGAUAACAUGGAAGGCGCAUCCGGCGAUGAUCAGGACGGGGAUAAUAAUCCGCCAAGGAAGAAGAGAUACCAUCGGCACACCCCACAGCAAAUCCAAGAGCUCGAGGCUCUUUUCAAGGAAUGCCCUCAUCCAGAUGAGAAACAACGGAAUGAACUCAGCAAGAGACUUUGCUUGGAGAGCAGGCAGGUCAAGUUCUGGUUUCAGAACAGACGGACCCAGAUGAAGACCCAACUCGAGCGCCAUGAAAACUCAAUACUUAGACAAGAGAACGAUAAGCUGCGAGCCGAGAACAUGUCGAUUAGGGAUGCGAUGAGGAACCCGAUCUGCAGCAACUGUGGGGGCCCGGCAAUGCUUGGCGACAUAUCUUUAGAAGAGCAGCACCUUAGGAUUGAGAAUGCUCGUUUGAAGGAUGAGCUUGACAGGGUCUGCGCGCUUGCAGGAAAGUUCUUGGGCAGGCCAGUGUCGUCCUUGGCUACUUCUAUCCCUCCACCUAUGCCCAGUUCUAGUUUGGAGCUUGCCGUCGGUAGCAACGGCUUUGGUGGCCUGAACACUGUAGCCGCGACAUUGCCUCUUGUGAGUGAUUUUGGUGGGGGUGUUUCCAGUGCGUUGUCGGUUGUGCCGCCGGCCAGGCCAGCUGCUGGUGUGACGGGUCUCGAGAGAUCACUAGAGAGAUCAAUGUUUUUGGACCUUGCAUUGGCUGCCAUGGAUGAGCUGGUUAAGAUGGCUCAGACCGACAAGCCCCUUUGGCUCCCUGGUCUUGAUGGAGGGAAAGAAACACUCAACCACGAGGAGUACAUGCAGACCUUUCCUCCAUGUAUUGGACUGAAACCUUCUGGGUUUGUCACCGAAGCCACACGGGAGACUGGUAUGGUUAUCAUCAACAGCUUGGCUCUUGUUGAGACGCUAAUGGAUGCGAGCCGAUGGGCAGAAAUGUUUCCAUGCAUGAUUGCGAGAACCUCCACCACCGAAGUUAUAUCAAGCGGGAUGGGCGGAACCAGAAACUGUGCACUUCAGCUGAUGCAUGCGGAGCUCCAAGUUCUAUCUCCGCUUGUUCCAAUCCGGGAGGUCAAAUUCCUAAGGUUCUGCAAGCAGCAUGCAGAAGGGGUGUGGGCUGUAGUGGAUGUGUCAAUCGACCACAUCCUCCGAGAAACCUCAAAUGAACCCGUUUUUGUGAGCUGCAGGAGGCUUCCAUCCGGCUGUGUUGUGCAGGAUAUGCCCAAUGGUUACUCCAAGGUGACUUGGGUGGAACAUGGUGAGUACGACGAGAGUUCUAUUCAUCAGCUUUACCGCCCCUUGCUGAGAGCUGGUAUGGGCUUUGGUGCUCAGAGGUGGGUAGCCACCCUACAGCGACAGUGCGAGUGCUUAGCCAUCCUCAUGUCGUCUACUCUCCCGGCAAGAGAUCACACUGAUAACAACCCUACAGCGAUAACCCCAAGUGGUCGGAGAAGCAUGUUGAAGUUGGCACAACGAAUGACUGAUAACUUCUGUGCUGGGGUAUGUGCGUCUGCGGUUCACAAGUGGAACAAGCUGUGUGCGGGGAACGUGGAUGAGGACGUGAGGGUGAUGACCAGGAAGAGCGUGGACGAUCCAGGGGAGCCUCCUGGUGUGGUGUUGAGUGCUGCGACGUCGGUUUGGCUGCCGGUAUCGCCUCAGCGACUCUUCGAUUUCUUGAGGGACGAGAGGCUGAGGAGUGAAUGGGACAUACUAUCGAAUGGAGGCCCCAUGCAGGAGAUGGCCCACAUUGCAAAAGGCCAGGAUCAUGGCAACUGCGUCUCCCUUCUUCGUGCUAGCGCUAUGAACGCGAAUCAGAGCAGCAUGUUGAUACUGCAGGAGACCUGCAUCGACGCUGCUGGGUCCCUGGUGGUGUACGCUCCGGUUGACAUUCCAGCCAUGCAUCUAGUGAUGAACGGCGGUGAUUCCGCGUACGUGGCACUGCUGCCCUCGGGAUUUGCUAUUGUACCAGAUGGUCCCGGAUCACGUGGUCCCAUCAACAGCAACCAUCACCACACUAACGGCAACGGAAGCUCACAGAGGGUGGGUGGGUCGCUACUGACGGUGGCGUUUCAGAUACUAGUCAAUAAUCUGCCGACGGCUAAGCUCACCGUGGAGUCCGUUGAGACCGUCAACAACCUCAUAUCUUGCACGGUGCAGAAGAUCAAGGCCGCCCUUCACUGCGAAAACUGAGAGACAGUGAGGAGAGUGAAGGUGCGGGUGCUAAUAAAGGAUUUUACGUAAAUAGCUAUUAUCCUUGUAUGUAGAAUAGUAGUUAUUAUUAUAUAGGUAAAGAUAGGAGGGGGAGAGAGAGGAAAAUCAGUGAAGGGUCAAAAGAUUAAAGAGAGAGAAAGGGGUUUGGUGUUUGGGACAAUGCUCGCAACGGGGGGUUGAGUCAAGAACGAACCGCGCGUCGAGAAUCCUUGCAGGGUGGUGAGGACAAAAGCUAUCCCAGGUUUCUGUGAAGCAGGGAUUUUCACCGUGUUCUUAACACAACGCAAGGGUGGUGGUUCGGGUAUUGACUCGUCGACCCGCGAGGAGGUGUCUCAACUUGAAUGAAAAAUAGUCAAAACAAAGAACAGAACAAAAGGAAAUGAAGAAACAGGGGACCUCUUGUUAGUAGUAGUAGUUGUUUUAUUCUAUUUUAUUUAUUUAAUCUUUCUCGAUUCUGUUGCUUUUCGUUAAAUUUUCGACUUUCGUCGUCUGUAUUCAUAGAUAGACACAGCUGUUAGCUGGGUAUAACUGGUUUCUUUCCAAAGUAAUUUGGGCGAUGUAAGAGGCCGUCUGGUGUGAGGGGGAAACUCGGGAAUUGGGGGAAAGGCCAAUUUAGCUUGCAGCCGGGGACGGGAUGAAUAAUGGUGAAAGCGCGCCGCUGGGCGACGGAGUUGGGGCUAAUGUGCAAUAAAUGAGAUCGUCGUCGGUUGCGA